AUGUCUAGCCGAUUUGAGCAUCCAGCUGGUGGAUACAAGAAGCUUUUUGAGACUGCAGAAGAACUGUCUUCACCAAUAACUGCUAAUGUUACAGGCAAGGUUCCAGUUUGGCUGAAAGGCAGCUUGCUCAGAUGUGGGCCUGGUUUAUUUGAAGUUGGAUCAGAACCGUUUUAUCAUUUGUUUGAUGGCCAAGCACUUCUUCACAAGUUUGAUAUCAAGGAAGGCCACGUCACUUAUUACAGGAGAUUUGUUCGAACUGAUGCCUAUGUUAGAGCAAUGACUGAGAAGAGAAUAGUAAUCACAGAAUUUGGAACAUAUGCUUACCCAGAUCCAUGCAAAAAUAUAUUUUCCAGAUUUUUUUCAUACUUCCAAGGUGUGGAGAUCACUGACAAUGCCCUGGUGAAUGUGUAUCCUGUGGGAGAUGAUUUUUAUGCCUGUACUGAGACAAACUUCUUAACAAAAGUCAACACAGAAAAUCUGGAAACAAUUAAAAAGGUGGAUAUCAGCAAAUAUAUUUCAGUCAACGGGGUCACAGCACACCCUCAUAUUGAAAAUGAUGGAACAGUUUAUAAUAUUGGCAACUGCUUCGGAAAGAAUUUAUCCUUUGCCUAUAAUAUCGUAAGGAUACCUCCCCUUCAAGCAGAUAAGAAAGAUCCAAUGACAAAAUGCGAAGUGGUGGUUCAGUUUCCCUGCAGUGAAAGAUUCAAGCCGUCUUAUGUGCACAGUUUUGGGCUAACUCCGAAUUACAUUGUGUUUGUGGAAACUCCAGUGAAAAUUAAUUUGCUCAAGUUUCUUUCUUCCUGGAGUCUUUGGGGAGCCAACUACAUGGACUGUUUUGAGUCGAAUGAAAAGAUGGGGGUAUGGAUGCAUGUUGCUGACAAGAAAAGUGGGGAGUACCUCAAUAUCAAAUACAGAACUUCACCUUUUAAUCUUUUUCAUCAUAUUAAUACUUAUGAGGAUAAUGGAUUUCUUAUUGUGGAUUUAUGUACAUGGAAAGGAUAUGAAUUUGUUUACAAUUACUUAUACUUAGCCAAUUUACGAGAAAACUGGGAAGAAGUGAAGAAAAACGCACAAAAAGCUCCUCAACCUGAAGUUCGACGGUAUGUCCUUCCCUUAAAUAUUGAAAAGGCUGAUACGGGGAAAAAUCUAAUCACAUUGCCUAAUACAACAGCAACAGCAAUUCUGCACAGUGAUGAUACCAUAUGGCUGGAUCCAGAAGUUAUUUUUUCAGGACCACGACAAGCAUUUGAGUUUCCACAAAUAAACUAUGCAAAAUAUUCUGGGAAACCUUAUACAUAUGCAUAUGGUCUUGGACUGAAUCAUUUUGUUCCAGACAGACUUUGCAAAAUGAAUGUUAAAACUAAAGAGACAUGGGUAUGGCAAGAACCAGAUACAUAUCCUUCUGAACCAAUCUUUGUUCCUCACCCAGAAGCUAUAGAAGAGGAUGAUGGUAUUAUCCUGAGCAUAGUCAUCAGUCCUGGCUCUGGACCAAAGCCUGCCUAUCUUUUGAUCCUGAAUGCAAAGAAUCUGAGUGAGGUUGCCAGGGCACAGGUGGACAUAAAUAUCCCAGUUACUUUCCAUGGACUCUUCAAAAAAGCAUGA